AUGUGCCAGUGGUUGGGGAGACAUGGGAGGACUCAGUUACUCAUGCCGAUGGUCUUCCAUGUCAUCAAAGUCGCUGGAGCCACUCCCUUCACGGCAUGGAGGAUCGCGUUCUUCGUCCCUGGCUUUCUUCAGGUCAUCAUGGGGAUUCUUGUGCUCACUCUUGGACAAGAUCUUCCUGAUGGAAACUUAUGUACUCUGCAGAAGAAAGGAGACGUUUCCAAAGACAAAUUAACCAAGGUGUUUUGGUUUCAACUUAAACUCCAUCUCCAUACAGCCGGUAUGAUUGCAGCCAGCUUCGGUAUGGCUAACUUCUUCGCUCGUCCUAUUGGUGGCUUCGCAUCAGACGUGUCAGAUAGGUUUUUCGCUAUUUUAGCCAUGAUGCUUUUCUCCUUCGGUGUACAAGCUGCUUGUUGGGCCAUCUUCGGCAUCGUUCCUUUUGUCUCGCGCCGCUCUCUAGGAAUAAUAUCAGGACUGACCGGCGCAGGAGGAAACUUUGGGUCGGGUCUAACUCAACUGGCCUUUUUCUCGUCAUCAAGAUUCCAUACUGCUAAUGGUUUGUCGCUGAUGGGAAUUACAGCGAUGAUUUUUACGCUUUUGAUUGCAUUUAUACAUUUUCCACAGUGGGGAAGUAUGUUCUUAGGACCAAAAAGUGACGGUAGAACAUCAAAGGAAGAGAAUUAUUAUGCGGCGGAGUGGACUGAGGAAGAGAAGCUGCAAGGAUUGCAUGAAGGCAGCCUAAAGUUCGCAGAGAAUAGUAGAUCUGAAAGAGGCAAAAAGGCAGCUCCGGACGGCACCUCCACACCGCUAGAAAAUGAAAAUCCGGCUAAUGUUUAG